AGGAAUCUCCCUGCUAUGGAUUCUUCCAUUAGAGCCUGAGAGAGGGGCCGGGCUUGUGAGGAAGGGGGGGUUAGCUGGCACUCUGGUUUAAUGAUGAAGAAAGCUGAUUUGUAGAGAGGAAGGGAACAACCACUUUAACUGCUGAGUUAAAGAUUGGAGGCAUCCGGGAUACAAGACCCAAAGACGGAAACGCUAAGCUGCAGCURCAGGGGAAGUGGGCUGCUGGGGGGAGCAAACUAAAGUGGUGUUGUCUGGGUCACCUGAGCAGCUAGACUGUCUGGAACCAUGCAGGUCCAGUCGUCAGCUGCUUUCUCUAAAGCCUCCAGCUUCAUCCUCAAUCAGAGAUGUGUGCUGGCCUCCAAAAUGGAAAUCCACCGUGAACAGAGCAUCUGCCAGGCACGGGCUGCUGUCAUGGUGUAUGACGAUGCCAACAAGAAGUGGGUCCCUGCUGGAGGCUCCACCGGCUUCAGCAGAGUCCACAUCUAUCACCACACGGGUAACAAUGCCUUCCGCGUGGUGGGACGCAAGAUCCAGGAUCAUCAGGUGGUGAUAAACUGUGCCAUUCCCAAGGGGCUGAAAUACAACCAGGCCACACAGACCUUCCACCAGUGGCGGGAUGCUCGACAGGUCUACGGCCUCAACUUCGGCAGUAAGGAAGACGCCAAUGUGUUUGCCAGUGCCAUGAUGCACGCACUGGAGGUGCUCAACUCCCAGGACACAGGCCCCACGCUGCCCAGACAGGGGCCACAGGUUCAGAAUGGCCCCUCACAAGAAGAGCUGGACCUUCAGAGAAGGCAGCUCCAGGAGCUGCAGCGACAGAAGGAGAUGGAGCGGGAACGUCAGGAAAAGGAGCGCCAGGAACGAGAGCGCCAGGAGCAGGAGCAUCAGGAAAAGGAGCGCCUGGAGCGGGAGACGCUGGAGCGGCAGGAACGUGAUCGCCAGGAGAAGGAGGCGCAGGCAGAGAGGGAGCGGAUGGAGCGAGAGCGCCAGGAGCAGCAGGAGCGCACAGAGCGUGAGAUGAUGGAGAGAGAAAAGGCAGAGCGAGAGCGGCUGGAGAAGGAGCAGCAGGAGCAGUUGGACAGAGAGCAGCAGGACUGGGAGAGAGGGAGACGCAUCUCCAACGCCGCGCCCCCUGCUGCUGCAGCUGCUGCCACUUGUGUCUCUGCUGAGCACCUGUCCCUCCCCGUGGGUCUGGGCCUGGCAGGGCCUCUGGAACCGGACGCGGCUCAGUGGGGCCCCUGCUGUCAGCCCCAGCCCCAGGGUAAGGCUUUUCYAGUCUGGUUUCUGCUCUCUCUCCUCUCCUCUUCUCUUCCUCCCUUUGUCUCUUGCUGCCUCUGGCUCACACACUUUUUUUAUUAUUGUUAUUUCUCCACCCCCAUCCCACAGAGUGACGAUGCAGGGGCGGCUCUGGCAGCUGCCCUGUCGGGGGCUGCAGGRGCCAAAACUGAGGCCAGAGGCAACGGCCCUCUGGCAGGAGGAGGAGGGCUUAUGGAGGAGAUGAGCGCCUUACUGGCCAGGAGGAGAAGAAUUGCAGAGAAGGGCUCCUCACCUGAACCUGACCAGAGAUCAGAGGAGGGUGAGAUCAACACAACCCCCAAAGUGUCUGCCUGUAGCACACCAGACAUGCCCAGGAAGCCAUGGGAACGAACRAACACMGUGAAUGGUAGCAAAUCUCCAGUGAUUGGAAGACCCAAAUCCACCCCGACACCCACUGCAUCCUUAAGUGCCAAUGGUGUGCCAACAGAAUCUGUUGAUUAUGACAGGUUGAAACAGGACAUUCUCGAUGAGAUGAGAAAGGAGCUGUCAAAACUAAAAGAAGAGCUUAUUGAUGCAAUCAGGGAGGAGCUGGGCAAAUCCAGCACUGCGUAGAGGAUCCACGCUCCUUUUCCCUCAACAUCCACACCCAUAUGACCAGAAAGCCAACCACAGUCCAUAUCAGACGAGACAAUUUAACAGCAGAGCAAACAAAGAAGAAGUAGUAGUAGUAUUGGUGGAGAGGGUGACUAUGACAACAAUCGUAUAAUCCCACAGAACGGACAGAAUUCGGUGUGGAGCGGUGUCAGAAGUGGGAAGAAUCCACUCAGCUAACCUCAUGUUCCUGGUGCCCCCUCUAACCUCCAUCCUCCCCCACAUCGCCUCCUGGAGGACAGGGCACAUUCUGCCAGAGAAGUGACUUGUCUUUAUGCAAACACGGUUUCUCUUUUUUUUUUUAUCCCACAGUAACAACGGCACCUAAACACAACACUGAACUCCUCACAGAUGCUGUAGUACCCRCUGUUGCUCAGAGUCUGAACUCCUGGAAUUUCCUAUCUGAUGUUUUCCUGAGAGAGAGCUCAGAGACAGGAAGAAGUCUGGAACUAGAACUCUAAAACUUUUUCCCAUAAUGCCAUUGCGGUAGCGCGCGCGCGUGUGUGUGUGUGGGGAUGUGUGUGAGCGUGUAUGAGGGACUGCCAGUCUCUUCUGUAGUCCACCUCUGCAGGACACUGUAAAGCUCGUCUUCCUUCAAAUGCUAUUUUAACCUGAAUAUGUACAAAACAAAGAGAGAGAUAUUUAGAGAGAAAGUAUCUUAUCAAGCGCGUCUGUUUUGUUGUAGWUCUACAGUAUGGCCAUAUCUAGUAGCUCAAUAAUCCAGUCUUUUAACGGGACGCCCUCAUGUCUGUCUGUCGGUGAACUCCUAACCUGAUUUGUUGUAUUCUGUCUCCAGUUUUCYCCUCAUUUAUUUCUCUGUAACAUUCAGCGAUGGAUGGAUGUGUUGGUAGGCGGCGCCCCCCGUUGUAGCGCUGCUCCAGGAUUUAUCGGGUUCAUACUGUCACCCUUCUCUCCGUUCGUCAUACUUGGGUGCUCUGUUGGUGUUGGAAGCAUGUAGGGUUUUUUCUUUUUCUAUUUUAGUUUGACACUAUACAAUGAGGAUCACAAGUCUGCCACGAAACUGCAUUAACUGUCUCAAGUUUUCUUACAAGCAAUAAGUGUAGCAUUAGCUCCAAGGCCCACGCUCACCAUCCCAACRCCGCCGCAGGUUUGAAGCAUCCAUCGUGGAAAACUCAGAGCAGCACUGUAAAACACACUUCUGGAAUUACUAUACUCUUUUGUUUUUAGCUUUUUUUUCCUACCAAAUCCAAGAAAAUCUUUAGUCGCUCUCCCCCCCCCACGUCAAUAGCAUAACACUUUAAAGACGUCCUACAGAAGGUGAGCAUGCAAGGACACAAUGUGCCAUUUUGUUUCUCUUAUUUCCUGCCUUUAUUUUUCUGCUGCUGUUAAAAUCAUCCAAUGAAACCUGCAUUUCCUAUUCCUUUAUCCUCGAAACCUUUUUUCUCUCACCUUUCGGUUCUGUUCAACACUGUUUUGUUAAACGGUCAAAGUACAAUCAACUUGAGAGGGAUGCGUUACAAGUUUAGAGGCUGGUGUUCAAACGUUGGAGCUGUAGAUUAGAAAUUAUGGAGAUUACAGGCCAGACAAACCAUUUAAAGUCCAAGUUACAGCUCAGUAUUCCCGUUUUGUGUGAAUGAGAUCCUAAAGAGGGAGAGUUUCACCAGUGCAGUGGAACCAGAGGACUGCCUUACAGCCACUCACAGCUGCUUCUCUAGGGAAAUGUUUGACUAAAAUUAAUCUACUUUUUUUUAUAUCCAUCAUAAUGAUACCUGAAUUGAAAUAGUGGUUUUUUUUCUGUGAAAGACUAUACACCAAAGAGACUGGGAAAUAUAGUUAAAUAUCACUGUAAAAAUGCACACUGGGGUCUUAAGAGCUGCAAAUGAARUCAUAAACCUUUACAUUUUGGAUUAUAUGAGGAAAUAAAACAGCUGUCAGUGUGCAGUGAGCAGGCACCAGAAAGCAGGAUUUAACUGCCAUUGUGAAAAACAAAACGAGUUCACAGUUUAMAUUUUGAACUACAGUAAUUUAUAAUCUGAAAUAAAAAUAAUUCUCCAUGUGAACAUUCUAGAUCUUUAGCUUGAGGAUUGUAAAAACUGCCAACAUCUCCAAAUGCAGCAUUAUGAAACUUAAAAUGAUAGAGCAGAGCACUUUUUCUGCUCACAGCCUUCCUGUUAUSUAAUGAAAGUCUUGGACUCUGUAGCACAGACACGUUCAAAUAGCUUUUUACAUCUCUGACUUUAUAUUAAAUACCUCGCUGAUACUUAAACAAGCUAGCUUUUAUCUCUGCAAAGAGUUCCAUUACCACAACCUGAGAGCAGUUAGGYGUGCUGCGUUCACUGACCAGAAAAAUAUUGGAUUUUUGAAUUUCCUAUUUAUUGGUGGCUGAUCUGGGCUCAUCAAGCUGAAAAUCAACCUACUUUGGUCACCAGCUGAUUUUUAUAUCAUCUUUAGUUGUAAGAGUUCAGCCAGCUCUGUUAGAAGUUAGGUAAUGAAAAACGACCCAUGCUCAGCUUCUUAUGCUUCAUGCACAAAUUAUUUGUUGAUGARUGUGUCCCUGUAGCUGUGGAAACCCCUGCUGGAUCUCAUUUGACACAACUAUGCUAAAGGGCUUUGAUGUCAUAGCUUUGCUACACACUAGUAGACAUCACACUCAGUCAUCUCUCGGAUCAAAACAAGAAAGGUUCUGGUGUCACUUUGCUUGGACAGACGSCAUCUUUUAAUUUAACUGUAUAUAUUUUUUCUAGUAGGCAUGCUCUGGCUCUAUAUGUUAAUAAUCCAAACUCAUCUUCACAUCCAUUUUUUUCUGAUUAACGCAGCCGGCGUCAGGCCUCCUGAGCUGCACGCUUACUCAAAAAUGAUUGCACUUUAUGACAGAACUGGCAAAGCAAUCCAGCAUCCCCAGAAAGCAGUCAUUUAGGGCCUCUGCUGCCAGCAGCAUGGCUCUCCCACCAAAGGAUUUAAGCCAGUAGCCUCCUGCUGAACAUCAUCACUCCCAACAGAAGUCGCCUUUCUUAUUUUUAUAUCAUUCUGUCUAGAGACCUAAAAGCAAAAGGUGUUUUGGGUGUCAGGUAAAAUGCUUUGAUGGGGGGUUGAAUCUCUUUGUAAAGCGAUGUGGUUUGUGCCUUGUUCCGAAGUUGCAUUUAAUAUGUCAAAGAUUUAAUAGUAAUAAUAUGUAGAGGCUGUCGCAGUCUUUUUCAUUUAUCUUUAUGGGYUGACUCAUUUAAAGGGAGUGCUCAGUCGGCUUCGGUACCGUUUCCCACCAAUGAAACAUCUUUGCACCAAGAUUAUUUUUAACCUAAAUAUGUUCAAUUUAAACACUUGUUAAAUGUUUCUCUUACAGUUCAGAAGUACAAUCAAACUUUGAUAACAUGAGACCAGUAAGAGUUAAGAAACAAACUUCAGUCUGAUUUCAUUUCUUAUAUUAACCUAAAUUUCUGUUUGGAAGUGCAGAUGGAUAGGUGUCUCAAARUGUCAAAGACUGUUUUUUGUUCAUCUUUGCUUUCUUUGAACCAAACUCAAGAAAAGUAAAGAUGCGACACGACCCUGACUGCAGAUAGUUGGAUUAUUUUCUCAUCUGCAUUGUACCAUACUGUUACUCGUGUUAAUCAGUCUUUUCUUACUUGCUAACAUGCUGUUUUGUUUGAGCAAAUAAAAUAAAAGUUGCAAUAAAAGAUUAA